AUGCGACACCGGCUGCAGGAGGCGUGGUACAAGAAGAAAGAGCAGGAGCUGAAGAAGCAGUGGGACGAGGAGGAUCGGCUGUUGAAGGAGAAUAGGGAGAAGGAAGACCAGCUGCGAAUGGAGCGGAGGGGAAAUCGCGAGCUUGUGAAGUGGAUUCAGCAGGAGCGCCAAGCAUUAUUCGAUUCUCUUCGAAAGACCGCGAUCGGAUCAGCUACCGAACAACAGAGCAUGGGUCUGCCGCAACAAAGCAAUCAGACGAUGGAUGGGAAGAAGCCGGAGCAGCAACAUCAACAGGCUGACUUGUUUCCCCUCUUGCGACGUUGUCGCGUCUUGGAAAAAGCAGGCCCCGAAGCGUGGAUCACGGUCGAUGUGAAGGUGACCAGCAAGUCCAUCCCAUCGGACGAGGUUGUGUCCAAGUUUCUCCAUGACUUUGACUCGGGCUUCAGGGGGAGAUUCAGGAAGACGUACACGCGAGCACCCCGGGCCCAGUCCCACCGACAAGCCGAUGCCGCCGACGCCGCAGGACCAGUGGGAGUGGGACCUGGAGACGGAGACACGGCAAACGCUCCUGCAGAUGGCUGCACCCCGCAGUAA